AUGGGCGGUAAAGUCUUCUCCUCGGGGCCUGAUCCCCUCGACACUCCUCGCAUGAGCCAGGACGUCUACAAGCAUGUCAAGAACAAAUGCACCAACGCCCUCAAGGAUUUGGGCUUCUCCCACGUGGUAUCACCCGUCGAAGCCCCGGAGAAGAAAUCUUUUGGCGAUGUCGACAUUCUCGCCUGUCUCGAAGGGACUAGGUUUCUGUCCAGCGCUCAACUUGACAACUCCACGUGGGCUGGGAUCGAAAUGGCUCUGGAUGCUAAACGCAGUCACUCCGAGAGUAGGAUUGGCCCAGCGAAGCAGCGCAUUAUUGAUAGCAAGAGCUUUGCUGUCCCCUGGCCUGCAGGUUUCGCUUUGGGUGAGGAUGUUCAGGGCUUGAACAAGACUCCGUCUGCACAAGCGAAAGAUCUCAAGACCGCAUCCGGUCGACAGUUUAUCCAGAUUGAUCUUCGCCUUUGUGAUACUCACCAGGAGUUGGAGUGGCGUAUUUUCAAGCACAAUCAUGGAGAUCUGUGGAAUAUGAUAGGCCAAACGAUCCGCCCUUUUGGUCUCACAGCUGACGAGAUUGGUCUGCACAUCCGCAUACCAGAGAUUGAGAGGCAGGACAAGAAGAAAGCUCGCGUUCUUCUAUCUAGUGAGCCGGACAAAGUGAUCGAAUUUCUUGGCCUCAUGCGACACAAGGGCGAGAAGGAGAAGCCAUUUGUUCCCGAGGAGGAAGAGCCAUUCGAUUCCGUGAAAGACCUCUUUGAGUAUGCCGCAAGUUGCAAGUGGUUCAUGUUGUGGCCUGAGAAUCCAGAAGAGAAAGCGACCACCCACGACGACACCGAAGCCAACGCCAUCAAGCAGAUCGAAGCAGAAUUGAAGAAGCUCAAGGCGAAUGAUAGGGCACGGAUGAAACAGCGCCCAGUUUUCGCUCGCUGGGUCGACGAGUUCAUACCAGCCUGCCGCGCGCAAGGCCGCUUCGUAGUCCCCAAUCCCGAGAAGCGUACCUUGGAGGAUGUCCGCAAUGAGGUCCGCGAGCUAGCCUUCAAUACCUUCCCGGGCUCGGAGGCGGAUUACAACGCCUCGCUCGCGGACUGGAACAAGGAGAAGACACGUAUCUUCGUCAAGAACAAGGUUAUCAAGGAGGACAUGUGCCUUCCCACUAACAUCACGGCGGUCCUGCCAUCUCCCCGCGAGCGCGACGGCGACACGAGCAUCAACCCACAAGACCUCGAGAAGAACUGGCGCGGCGCGCUGCGCUCGGCGCUCGCUAAGGUCAUCAUCGACGAUGACGAGACCUUUGAGGGCAUCGUGCCCCCCAGGCUCCGCGAUGCGGACGGCGUGCUUGAAGUUGACGCUGUCAAGGACUGGAUCAACCUGAACUGGGAGGAGGUCGGACGCGUGGCGUGGAGGUCAAAUUAUGCGCGUGCCGAGGAGAGCAGGAAGCGCAAGGAGGCUACUAAGGAGGCACAGGAGGGCAAGGCUACUGUCACGAUAAUAGGCGGCAAGCCGUGA